AUGUCGGCUCCCAACCCCAAGGCUUUCCCUCUGGCUGAUGCUACGCUCACCAACCAGAUCCUCGAUCUGAUCCAGCAGGCUUCGCACUACAAGCAGCUCAAGAAGGGUGCCAACGAGGCCACCAAGACGCUCAACCGUGGUAUUUGCGAGUUCAUCGUCAUGGCCGCCGACGUCGAGCCCAUCGAGAUCGUGCUCCACCUGCCCCUUCUGUGCGAGGACAAGAACGUGCCUUACGUCUUCGUUCCCUCCAAGACCGCUCUCGGCAGGGCUUGUGGUGUCUCGCGUCCCGUCGUCUCUGCCUCGGUCACUACGAACGAGGCUCGCGAGCUCCAGAGCCAGAUUCAGACCGUCAAGCUUGCUAUCGAGCGUCUCCUCAUCUAA